UUUUUCCCAUAGUUUAGAUAGAUAGAAACAUUCUAGAUACUUGUGGAUUCCGCUAGAUCGUUGAUUUCAUUGGAUCGAUUUGUUGUGUAUGCAAGGUCGUCGUAGCUUGAAGAGAAAGCUAGUGCCUUACUUUGACAACAUUCAUCGACCUCGUGAGGUCCUUUCAAGCCUGGAGAAGGAGUCCGAGUCCAGUUCGAGAAGCCUUGUGGAAUCACAGUUUAGUGAGGAAAACUGUGAAGAGAGAAUUGCUUCCAAUCCCAUUCUGGAAGCCGUUGAGGAGACACUUUCCGUGCAUUCUGAAGAAGAAGAAGAAGCUCGGCCCAAUCCUGACCAAGAAGCAAUGGCGGAGCAGAAUGUCCAGUACAUGGGAGAUUUUUCCAGGCCAGUUAUUGGGACCACUAGCACUUCUGCGAUAGUGUUUCCCACGGCGGUCCGGAAUUAUAAUCUGAAGCCCAACGACUCAAACCUGCUGCCGCUCUUUCACGGGAUGCCCAGUGAGGACGCCUUGCAGUUCAUCCGUGAUUUCUGCACCCAAGUGCAGACCUUCCCACUGCUGGAGCUCACCGAGGAUCAGUUGAGACUCAAGUGCUUACCUUAUGCACUCAAGGACCGGGCGAGAACGUGGUUAUUGUCCUUGCCGCCGAACUCCAUCACCACAUGGGGAGAGGCAAGUGAGAAGUUCAUGCUCAAGUACUACCCUAAUCACAAGACUCAAGAGAUUAGGAGCCAAAUAAUGAACUUCAUGCAAGGAGCUGACGAGCCUUUCCACGAGGCUUGGGAGAGAUUCCAAGAGCUCCUCCGCCAGUGCCCACAGCACCAGUUACCACCUGUCAUGUUGAUGCAGUUCUUCUAUGACGGAUUGAUUCAGACGGCACAGUUUAUGGUGGACAGUACAGCAGGGGGCAACAUUGCCCGGAAGACAGCUGAUGAGCUCAAGGAGAUUUUCAACACACUUGCAGCGAGUUCUCAACAGAAAUCAGCUAGAGGAAGGAGGUUUGAAGCCAAUGCAGUAGCUCCCAACAAUGAGCUUCAGAAGCAAGUAGCAGAAUUGAUGAGGCAAGUUCAGCACCUCAAGAUGAACCAGGCAGAAGCCCCACCAGUUCACGCGCCACCAGCAGAAGGAUGUGGAAUUUGUGGCGAUUUUGGUCAUGGAACCAACGCGUGCCAUCGCAUGGGGGGAUUCACACCUGAAGGAGAAGCAGAGGUCUAUGCUGCUCAGAGCUAUCCGGGGAGGCCUCAAUUUGAACAGAGGCCUAUCUUUAAUCAAGGGCAACAAAGCUCCAAUUCGGGUUGGAGAGCUCAGCAGCAGAACUACACUCAAGCUUAUCAGCAGCAGCAGCCCCCGCAGUAUCAGCAGUAUCAACAGUUCCCUAUGCAACAAGGGAAUUUUCAGCAGCAGCAGCAAUACCAGAAUGCCUCCCAACAGUGUCAGAAGCAAGCUCAACCGCAGAAGCCGUCUCUCGAGGACACCAUGCAGUCCUUCAUGGAGAUGACCAAACAGAACAUGGAGUCUCAGAGUGCUACCAUCAAGCGCCUCGAGACUACAGUUGGGCAACUUACAGGAGCCCUAAAUCAGCUGCAGCAAGAACAGCCAACUGGGAAGUUCCUAAACCAGGACAAACAGCCGCGUCAAGCUCAUGCCGUGGCGGUAAUCAAGGAAACUACCCCAAUAACCACGGGGAAAUGGAGAAGCAGAACCGUGCAAGCAAUCAAGGCAACCCAAUGCCCCAGUGAGCCACUGCCACCUGUCACUGUUGCACCAGACCAACCACCACCCAAGCAAGGAGAUCCAGGUAGCUUUAUCGUUGAUAUUAGCUUAGGAGGGGUUGAAAAGGUCUUGGGAAUGCUUGAUUUGGGCGCGGCAGUCAAUUUGAUGCCGCUUGAUAUUUUUGAGAGGUUGGGAAAUAAAGAGCUGAAAUGCACGAACAUUAAGAUAGAACUAGCUGACGGCUCCAUUAGCAGAUGA